GCUCUCGUACUCAUUGUUUCUCUUGGUGAUACGUUAAACCUCGGAAUGCUUUUUAUUAUGUUCAAGUUUUCCAUAUCCUUUCCUCCCUGUGCAUCUCAUAUUUCAUUCAAUGUGCUUCCAUGCUGCCUACUUCUGUCACCGCCCUUAUCUUUGAACUGUUUUCUCAAGUCUUCCUCCCUCCUCCCCAUUGACUUCCUCCGCCUGGCUGGCGAGGUGAGGGCAUCUGACAUAACCCUUCCUGGUGUUGUUCUGAAGAGGGGUGUGUGACCAGCCUGCAGCAAGGAAUGGGAGGACGGUGACGGGACUGUGGGGUCUGCUUGCCUAAUCUCCGUCCCCUUCCACAGCUGCCUCCACCCCCACAAACACACGCCGCUCUCCCCGGACGACCCGGAGGCAGGGGCAAGAACGUCAUUGCAGCUCUCUCCUCGGGCGCAGCGAGCGCGUCAAGAGGCAGGGGUGGGGAGACACUGGCGUACACGGCCAACGCUGCAACGUGCACACACACACACACACACACACACACAUACAUACACACUCCUCCCUCCCUCGCUCGCCCUCCCUCUCUCACUGUGUGUUGGGCUCGGCACAGCUCCUCUACUCAUUCGCUGCUGAUUCACCCGCUUGCCUCUCCUCUGCCACUCGCUCUGCCGUGCUGUGCUCCGCCUGCCUGCCUGAGAAUGGUCCAGCCGGUGCCUGGGGGUCUGCCGUCGCAGCCUGUCUGAACACACACACACACACACACACACACACCCAACAAACACAAGAGUCAGCGGACACGAGGAAGCACACGCACACUCGCCGGAGAGCAAUGUGAGAGAGGAAGUGCCUUUGCUGAUGUGUGCCGCAGCUUUGACCCGCUUCUACCGCUGAAGCGCCAUCCUCCGCCUGCCUCGCCUUCGCUCGCUUGCAAGGAAAGGCGUCCGCGCUCUCCUCAAACUGCACCCAGGCCCGUCGGUCCGUCCGCCAUCAUCACCACCCCCCAGCUUAAGCUAAUCCUCACCAGACAGCCCAAAUCCGCCACCAGGCCCACGCAGAGCAUCACGCACCUUGCCUUUGACUUACCUUGGCCUUGGACCCCCUUAAGACUCCACAGUGUCCUUAAUCCCACCCUCCAAGAAGCAGACUAGGCCCCAGACUAUCACCUUUGUUGCCUGCUUCACCACAUCAGGUCUCUCUCCUGUGCCACUUUGAAUGUUCUAGAAAAAAAGAGUGAGCAAUAACGUUCAACUUCAGUUCUGGAUACAACCCGCUGACUCGAUCGAGGAAGAUGGCGCAAUAACACUCGCAGCCGCACUUCGUCCUGCCACAUUUCACCCUGGACACUGUCCCACGCUAACCUAACGAUACGCGAGCAUAAGAGAAGCUACGGAUUAUAAUUAUCGCAGUUGCCAUGGCGAUGAACAUAGCGCAGAUCCGCGACACAAAGUGGCUGACACUCGAGGUGUGCCGGGAGUUCCUCAGGGGCACGUGCUCCCGCUCGGACCAGGAGUGCAAGUUCGCUCAUCCGGCCAAGAGCUGCCAGGUGGAAAACGGACGGGUCAUCGCUUGCUUCGACUCGCUCAAGGGCCGCUGUUCCAGAGAGAACUGCAAGUAUCUGCACCCUCCUCCGCACCUAAAGAACCAGCUGGAGAUCAACGGCAGGAACAACCUGAUCCAGCAGAAGAACAUGGUCAUGCUGGCCCAGCACAUGCAGCUCGCCAACGCCAUGAUGCCCGGCACGCAGCUCUCGCCUAUGGUGAGCACGUUCAAACCCCUGAUUGAACAUAGCACUGUUUGGCACAUUUACUUCCAGGCUCGCCAUGACUGCCUUCCCUCCGUCCUUCAGCCCAUGUUCUCCGUGACGCCCGGCCUGUCCACCAACGCCGUGGCCGCAGCUGCAGCCGCGGCUUUUAAUCCCUACCUGAGCCCUCUGUCGCCGGGCCUGAUGCCCCCAGAGAUCCUGUCCAACACCCCUGUCCUCAUGGCUUCCAGUCCUACCGUCAGCCAAGUCCCCAACGCUGCCGCUGCAGCCCAGAAACUGCUGAGAACAGACAGACUCGAGGUGUGUCGCGAAUACCAGAGGGGAAACUGCUCCAGGGGGGAGGACGACUGUCGCUUUGCCCACCCAGCAGACAGCACAAUGAUCGACACAAACGACAACACGGUCACGGUGUGCAUGGACUACAUCAAGGGCCGCUGCUCCCGCGAGAAGUGCAAGUACUUUCACCCGCCGGCUCACCUGCAGGCCAAAAUCAAGGCCACUCAGCACCAGGUGAACCAGGCCUCCGCAGCCGCAGCCAUGACUCAGUCGGCUGUCAAAUCACUGAAGCGACCCCUCGACGCAACCUUUGACCUGGGUAUCGCCCCCAGUGUCAUGGCUCCCCUGCCAAAGCGGGCGGCCCUGGAGAAGGCCAAUGGGGCCUCUGCUGUGUUUAACACCGGCAUGCUCCAGUACCAGCAGGCCCUGGCCAGCAUGCAGUUUCAGCAGCAGGCUGCUUUCCUCCCAUCAGGCUCUAUAUUGUGCAUGACCCCUGCAGCCGGCGUUGUUCCCAUGAUGCACGGUGGCACUCCAGUCACUGUGUCUGCAGCCACCACGUCCGCCACAAACGUUCCCUUCGCAACUGCCUCCACCAAUCAGGACUCUUCCUUAUCAAAGUUGACUACCAACGAAUACAUGCAAUUGAUUCCAAUAAUAUCUGCAGAUCAUCUGAGUAGUCACAAGUACUUGACUCAAAUGUAGUUCCUCUCAAGAACAAUCAAACGAAUGUGUGCUGGCACCGUCCAAGCCAAAACAGUUCAGCCUUUAUUUACAUAACCUUCAGAAUGUCAAGCAGACGGGAGACGAGGAGGGUCUCGUCACACGUGGAAACAUUGCGGGCGCCAUCUUCCCACGCUUGAAGGCGAGAGCAGAGGAGGACACGUCGGUGCACAGUGGGUCACGUCACACGUCCAAAUCACACCAUUGGCUCUAAUUCUACUUUACCAGAUGCACGGACGGUCAAAGAGUGCACCUCUGGUACGUUCUUGUCACCAAUUUAUUUUCUAUUCCUUUUUCUUUUGAAACAAUCAGCCAUAUUUCAUCGUUUACAAAAAAAAAAAAUGCACCUUGAAUUUGAAUUGAGAAAGGCACAGCGAUUUGAGGACACAAGAAAAAACAAGACGAGUGCAGUAUUGAGCGCGUGUACAGCUACUAGUCAAACUAGGUGUGGAUGGAUGAAUAAGUGCGGGUGUUAGGUGGGACAUAUGAAUGUUUGUGGGAAACCAACAUGGAACCUGUGUACCCUGAAAGCACAGCCAGGCUAGCUCUUCUCACCUUGCCGUGUGCCAUGGAGGCCAUACAGAGUGUUGUCUCAGCAGUGUUAUUUGUUUACCAGGGCUCAAAUUAUAUGAAAAAAAAAAAAAUCGUUGUAUGGCUCUUAAUGUUGUUUUAAUAUUUAGAUUUUUAAGAAAAAAAAAUAAUCAUUUUAGAAGUGGGUUUUUUUGUGCUAAUUUUUUCAUGUGUUCCUUUAAAGACUUUUAUUACUUUUAAUAAACUCGGGUGCUGUUUUUGUUGGCGUUACGUUCAAGUCCAUCGACUCUAAAAGCCUGUUGAAGAGGAGGGUGUUGCUUCAGCUCACCUGUUGUUACCCAAUUGCUGUCCUUCCUCUUUUAAAGGGGGGGGGGGGCGCUCUGGAAGAAACACUGUUGAUGUAUAAGAAAGACAAAAGGUCUAUUAGGUCAUUGUAACCAAACAAAACAAAACAAAAAAAAGGACACUUGAAUGAUUGUUUUGUCCGAGUCCGAGGUCAACCAAACCUUUUUAAAUGUCACCUAAGACGGCGGUUCCCGACCUUUUAUGUUCCUAGCGUUCUUAGAAAACCUUCAUGCACUUAAGGAGUAUUAGGACCACAAUGAAACUGAAAAAAAAACAUACCAUCAUCAAUGAAAAAUAAAGAAACAAUUGUUUCCUCACACAAGUUUUUUGUAAAAAGAAAAACGUAACAUGAUUUUUUUUUGUCUCGUAACGUUACCGUUUUAUUGUCAUAUGGCAAAGUUGUCACCUCAGUGUCAUUCUCGUAGUAUUAUUGACUUUUCAAGGAAAAAAAUAUGAAUUCAAAAAUGUUUUCAUACCUUUACGACUUUUUUUGUAACAUUACAAUUUGUUGGCGUCAGCAUCUUUCUCCUUUUAUGACAUGAACAAAUCCUGGUGUUAUUCUCAAUAGGAAUAUUCUCAUACAUUUGAACCUUUCUUGAAAAAGUCCCACUUUAUUAUCACAAUAUAACUUUAUAAUUAUUUGAUUAUCAUGAUUAUUUUCUCAUAAUAUCACAAUUGUCAAUAACGUUGUGUCUUUAUUCUCGUAAACUACGUCAUCACCAUACAACUUUAUUCUCGUCAUACUACAGGUUUUUAUGUGAAUAACAAUUUUCUACGUAUCAUGGCGCUAUUCUAUAUAUCUUUAUUCUCACUAUGUUAUGUUUUUUGUCUCAUAAAUUACAAUUUACGACUCAUAAUAUUACAUUUUUCUUCAUAAAGUUAAGACUAUUUUCUCAUAUAUUAAAACUUACAACUUGGGAUAUUUCAGCUUCGUUCUCGUAAUGUGACGACUUCAUUCUUUUAAUAUUACAUCAUUCUUUUUAGGUAUAUUACAAAACUAAUAUCGUAACAUUACAAGCUUUUUGUCAUAACCCAACAAUAUUUGUUCUCAUAACUGUAUCACUAUUUAUUUUUUUUUUAUGAUAAAAAUUAUGUCAUAUAAUUAUGGGGAACAAAUUAAAACCAAAACACUUGCAAUAUAAAGAAUGUUGCAAUUUUUAAUUCAGUUUGUUACAUCUUUAUUGUCGUAAUAUUACAUCAUGUUUUCUCAUUAUAUUGCAACUUUAAUUUUGUAACUUUACGACUUGUUUGUCAUAACUUUACAUUAUUGUCAUAACUGUGUGAAUAUUUCUGUAACAUUACUAUUCUUUAAUAACGAUAACAUGAGUAAAGUCAAAAAAUUAUUUGGAAAAAAAUGUAAAUAAAAAAAUACCUUUUUGCUCAUUAACUCUUUUUUGUAGUGUUAUGACUUUAUUCUCGCAAUAUCACACUUUUUUCCUUGUUUUAUACAUAUAUAUAUAUAUAUAUAUAUAUAUAUAUAUAUAGUAACAUUACACAUUUUUUCAUAACUCUUAUGUCAUAAUUUUUUGUUAUGUUGCUAUUCCUUAAUGAUGAUAAAACGAGUACCGUCAUAUAAUGUUUGGGGAAAAAACUCAAACCACAAAAAAAUUGUAAUAUAAGCAAUAUAAAAUGUUUUACUUAAGCUCGCUCAAUCUUUAUUCGUGCAACAGUCUGCCUUUAUUCUCGGAAAUUAUACAUUUCUUCCCCUUAUAUUAUAACCCUAAUUUUGUAACUUUUUUGUUGUAACUUAAUUCUUGCAAAUUACGAUUUUCUUUCUUGUUAUGCAACAACUUUAAUUUUGUAGCUUUACGAUUUUUGUUGUUGUAACUUUACGACUUUUUUCUCAUAACUAAAGACAGAAUAAAGUCAUAAAAAUGUCAUAAGUUUGCGACUUUAUUCUCAUAAAUAUGAAACGCGUAAACCAAACAACUGGUAAUAUAGAGUACAAUAAUUUUGACUUUAGCUCGCUAAAUCUUUACUCCUGCAACAGUCUGCCUUUAUUCUCGGAAAUUAUACAUUUUUUCCCCUAAAAUUACAACCUUAAUUUUGAAACUUUUUUGGUGUAACUUUACAACUUAAUACUUGUAAAUUACGAUUUUCUUUUUUUGUUGUAUAACAACUUUAAAUGUUGUGGCUUUACGAUUUUUUUGUUGUAACUUUACGACUUUUUUCUCAUAACUAAAGACAGAAUAAAGUCAUAAAAAUUUCAUAACUUUACGACUUUAUUCUCAUAAAUAUGAAACGCGUAAACCAAACAACUCUUAAUAUCGAGUGCGAUCAUUUUGACUUUAGCUCGCCAAAUCUUUAUUCGUGCAACAGUCUGCCUUUAAUCUCGGAAAUUAUGACAUUUCUUCCCCUUAUAUUACGACCUUAAUUUUGUAACUUUUUUGUUGCAACUUAAUUCUUGCAAAUUACGAUUUUCUUUCUUGUUAUAGAACAACAUUAACUUUGUAGCUUUACGAUUUUUUUGUUGUAACUUUACGACUUUUUUCUCAUAACUAAAGACAGAAUAAAGUCAUAAAAAUGUCAUAACUUUACGACUUUAUUCUCAUAAAUAUGAAACGCGUAAACCAAACAACUGGUAAUAUAGAGUACAAUAAUUUUGACUUUAGCUCGCUAAAUCUUUAAUUUCAUGCAAUUCUUCUCUUAACGUUAUGACAACCUAAUUCUCUAUCAUUGCGGCCUCAUUCCCAUAGUUUUUGACAAUUUUUUUUUUUUGUUUCUUUUGCAACUCGACGACUUUAACUUCUCACGUCGCAAUGUUUAUUUUUCCUUUCAUGUAGCCCUCAUACUCCUUGUAACAAAAAAAUAGACAAAUGUUCACACAAUUUGAACAAAAAAUGUAAAUACAGUCAAAUCAAAUGUUUACCCCUCACUUAAGAUGUUAGCGCCCCCUAUUGGAAUCCCUGCCUUACGUGGAAACACAAACAGCAUCUCUCACUUUGGGAUUGAGUUUCCCAUGUUAGUUUUCUUCUGGACUGGACAGUUUCACGUGUUCCCACAGAGGUGUGUUUAGCGAUUGUAUUGUACCUAACAAAGCCUUAGAUUACCAUGAAUGGGUCUCGGCCCAAACUUGUCAAUCACCAUGCGGGUAAAGAGCACCAAUGAUGUUUUAUAAUUAUUAGUCACAUGCCGCUUAUUAUAAGAAAAGAAUAUCACAUUUGUGCUUUUCUCUUUCUCUGUGUAACAAGUAUUCUCUUAAAAACAUUUUAGUAUGUACUACUUAAGGAUUUGAAUCUAUUUGAGAUGCAUAGUUGUAGAUGUUUUCUUUUCUUUUCUUUGGCCUUACUAUAUUACUAUAUUACUUGACGACAUUGAUAUAGCCGUUGUAGAUUUCUGAGGUCGUAUGACAUUCAUAACAUUGUUUUCCAACCAUAUUAAUGAUAAAUAUUCACUCGGUUCACAGAGCUGGAUGUCUUUUUCAGUGACUUUAUGUUUUUUUUUUGAUACGAGGAAUUCCUUGCCGCCACGUCAAGAUCAUAUUUGAAAAUAUAGUUUUAAGGUAAACGUUGUUUUCUACUGUAUCCAUUUCAAAAAAAUAUAUAUAUGUUGUUUUUUGUUGGAAAUAUUUCUUAAGUUUGCCCUGAAUGUCAGGCCAAAAAUGAGCAGUUGAGACUUUUGGGGUGUUUGGAUAUAAUUUUUCUUUAUUUGUGUUUUUUUGUUUUUGUUUUUUUAUUCGGGUCAGUGUGUGUUGAGAUUCGGAGCAAGAACGUUAAAAAAAAAAAAAAAGAGAAAAAAAAGACUUUUCCCUGCUGGUGAAGUCAGAAAUGCUGCAGGUGAUGAGUUCGAACCUAAGGGACGAAGGUUGCGACUUUUUUGCACUUCUGUAUAUAGUCAAAUGAACAGAGACAAAUGUGUAUCAUAUUGAGAUAUUAUUUUGAAUAAAGAAAAAAAAAAGAUCUAUAAUAAGGAAUUUUGCUAGAUUAAUUUAAAUUCAUAAGUAAAUUAGAAGACCAGCUAUAGUUGUUUGCUAAGAAGGGCGCUAGUUUUUUGGCCGAUGCAUUGAGAGAAAGCCAUGCGCUGUUUUGUCUUCUUUUAUCAGUGGCUAGUUUUUUGCCUGGGAAUGUUUUAGGGGAACGAUUACGCCCCAUAUAUUUGAAUUUUUUUUUUUGUCCUGCUUAAUCAAACCCUUCAAAUGAUUUCCAUUUGUCGGUCACAUCGCUGCUCCUGCUCCGCACACACACUAAAGAUAUAUAUAUAUAUAUAUUCCGUUCUGAUUGGACUGCAUGUAAAAACCACAAAAGCAUAGUUGACAAUAAUCCGUACAGUAGAUAACAUCCACAGUGGGAGGAGGAAUGAUGCUUUUUUUCAAAAAAUAUAUGUUGUUUAAAAGAAAAUUCUCAGCCAACCCAAAUAGCCAUAUAGAGUACAUUUACAGUUGCAAUGCUUAUAAACACUGUGCACUCAGCAGGUGAAGACUGGUCACACCAAAUGCACAUUUAGGCCAAUUUAAGUCAUUAAAAAAUGAAUGUAAAGCGGCUGCUGUAUUGUUUGCUAUAGAACCAAAGCACCAAAAAAAAAAAGACACCUUCAAGUCAGUUUCUUCCCUGCUGAGAGCACAUGGAUGCUUUUUUUUUUUUUUUGACUGCUUUUUACUUGUAAGUGCAACUAGCACUUAUGUAUUUGCUAACAGUUGCCACACAAUGAUGAUGUCUGAUUUGUUUAUGCACAUUUUGAUUGUUGCCAUAAUUGACUCUUCGCUGUAUGGAUGACAAAAAAAUUAAGAAAUAAAAAACAAUAUUUGAUUUGCUCAUGCAA